AAAAGUCCGCCCAUGCAAUGAAAGGACCGCGUGACCAUGAAAUGGUCACUGGACCACGAAUGUUCUCCCUCAUUCACCCCUUUGUUUCUUUUUUUUUGGGUAAGAAAAAAGGAUCCGCCAUUAUUAUUUUUUCUUUUUCCGCCUCUCCUUGUUAUCUCGUUUCUUGUUCGUUUCUUCUUCCCUUUUGUUCUUGGAAAGAGUGAAAUUUUCCAUUGCCGCCUUUUUUUUUCUCUUUUCAUUUGUCACGUUGUCAAGAACUGCGUCCGACUCUUCCUGCUUGCAACCUCAUUCCAAACUCAGUGCACCGAAUCGAGAGACAAUUUAUCGAUCGACAAGUGGUGUGAAAGCGAUCCAAAGCUAUCCAAUCCAAGCAUUUGCAGCGAGAAAAAAAGAGAGCGAAAUCCUUUUACUCACAGAGGAAGAAAAGCAAGAACAACCACGUCUUACUUUUUUCAAUCUCUUUUUUUACACUUAUCAUCCCAUCAGAACAUGAUCAGGUUGCCAACUUCAAGUAUCCAGACUCAUUCAAUCCAUGACGACGUAUACCUAGAGGCAUUCCGAAAUCGCAGCUUAUCAUAUUCGACAUUUCUCUAUAUAUUCUUACCAGAAACUUAAACCUAUAUUUACGCUAUAUCCUUAUCACUCAAAAGAAGAAAAACAAAAAGAAGGCAUACGAAAGAAACAACUCGCAAAAAAAAACCAAAAAAACCACAAAACAAAAAAGACAAAAAAGACAAAAACGACUCAUAUACAAUAUUCCCCUUCCCCAUUUCCCUAACUUUUAUCACCCGUUCAAAGC